ACGCUCGCUCGCGAGGCCUCAGGAUCGGGGAUGGGAAGGGAAGGUACUUUCAUGACUGGUAUCCUGCAAUUGCAGUCAAUUCUGCUGCCAGCUUGCCAGCCUUGCCUAAUAAAUACGGUCGUUAACCAACGAAGUUUUGUUAUUUCGACAUCGCGUUGUUGGCUCGUCAUCCAUAUGCUAUGAAUUUGAUGAACACAGCCGAUUAAAUAAGUGAAACACCUUUUCUUUCGCGUGAGACUUCGAUGAGAAUUUCGGGUUCAGGCAAAACGUGGCUGCGCUGAGCCAGACUGAAGGGAAACAUCGCAGUUCACCUUUCUAGCAAUAAGGAACCUCCAAGCCCAGCAGUGCAGUGACUUGAGCGCUGUCUUCUUAUCUAAAUCGUUGAAAAAAUUCAAAAGUGUUUAUGUCUUUUUGCAGUUGUUACGAUACUUUGGUGAGGGUAGCCAGUGCGAAACGCCCACCGUGCCGUUCACGCACAAAGCCGCAUCCACACAUACAUCGGCAUCCACCAGACGAUUUUAUGUCUUCUAUACCGAACUGUCCGUCUCAUCCCUUAAAUCACAACAAAAGACUCAAGUGGAGUAAAAACAGACAAGACAACAGCGACAACACCAGAGGGCAGUCAACAUGGCGCUCAACGUCAACCGCAACGUCACUGACCAGUUCUACCGCUACAAAAUGCCACGGCUCGUAGCAAAGGUGGAGGGCAAAGGCAACGGAAUCAAGACAGUCAUCUCCAAUAUGGUGGAGGUUAGCAAGUGCCUGUCUCGACCACCAACAUAUCCAACCAAGUUCUUUGGCUGCGAGCUGGGAGCGCAGACUCAAUUUGACUUUAAGAAUGAGCGCUACAUCGUGAAUGGUUCCCAUGAUGUGGCCAAGCUGCAAGACCUUCUGGAUGUUUUCAUUAAGAAGUUUGUGCUGUGUCCCGAGUGCGAGAACCCAGAAACUAACUUGAUUGUAAGAAAAGGAACCAUUGGGCAACACUGCGUUGCCUGCGGCCAUCAGGGCAUGAUUGAUAUGCGGCACAGGCUGACCACCUUCAUUGUCAAGAACCCACCAGAGCAUGACCCCACCUCUAUUGGCUCCAGCAAGACGGAGCGUAAGUCCCGCAAGAAGGAGACGUCCAAUACUAGCCAGAACGGGGACGAUGGAAUCGAUCCACUUGCAUUGAAGGAUGACGAUGAUGACUGGUCCGUGGACACCAGUGAAGAUGCCGUCGCUGAGCGCAUGCAGAGCCUGACCAGUGGAGCCAAGGGGAUCACCCUCAAUGAUGACCUGGGCAAGUCUCCCAAAGAACGACUGGAUAUGUUGUACAAUUUUGUCAAGAACAAGAAAGACCAAGGCAAGUUGGCUGGGGCAGACAAGGAAAUCCUAGUGGAGGCAGAUCGCCUGGACAUCAAGGAGAAAGGGCCCCUCGUCCUGGCCGAGCUUCUUCUGGAUGCAGACAUGAUGAAACAGCUCACCACUUAUCGCCUGCACUUCCUGAGGUUCACCAAUGAUUCCCACAAGGCCCAGAAGUACCUGCUGGGUGCCUUUGAGCAGCUGUGCAAGGAGUACCAGGACAAACUGAUGCCCAAGGUGCCCAGCCUCCUCAAGAAGAUGUACGACCUGGAUCUGCUGGAGGAGGAGGUCCUUCUGUCCUGGGCCAAAAAGCCUUCCAAGAAGUAUGUGUCCAAGGAGAUCAUGAAACAGAUCCAAGACAAGGCAGCGCCCUUCAUCAAAUGGCUUGAGGAGGCAGAAGAAGACGAUUCCAGCGAAAAUGAAGAAGUUGAGGUUGCGUUCACGGGCAGCCGCGAUUCCCAGCUGAAGGUGGAGACCAUCUCCCCGCCGGCCAAGACAUCCGAGGCUCCUGUAGCCAAAUCCGCACCAGCUGAAGACGAUAUUGACAUCGACGACAUCUGAAGACGUGGGAGUUAUCAUCCAUUGAGCUUGCUCUGUUUUCGUAGUUGAUGGGUUCUCACUAGAUCUGGGAUUUCAUGUACAAAGUAUUAAACCGUGUUAAAAAACCUCUAAAACAAGCUUCUAUUAACCAUCGUUUCUUCUCUACACUGUCUGAAAUCCGACCAUGUACAAAUAUAUACAUUAGGGCAGGGGACCCAAGACAAGAUUGUGAAGAAGUUGCUUGCUUGUAUGUGCAGAGAGCAAAAUUUCUCUACAAGUAGAGUUUCUCUUGUUGCCAAUAUCUGUUUUGGUGGCUUAGCCUCCCCUUCACCGUCUCCCGCCCCUUUGAUGACUUUUUUACUUGGGGUGUACCACGAUGAAAUGCCAUUCGUAUGUUCCCUUCUUUCCCUCACUCUGCCCGGCAUUUUUGAGAUGCACCGCGGGUUCAGGCGACAACUGGACUAACUACAAUUCAUCAAGAUGUUUGAAAAGAGGGCAUGAAACUAUUCAACAUUUCAGCAGUGGAUUGCUGUUAAUUUGCCAGGGGUGACUGUUGGGUGAGCAAAUGCAGUACGCAUACCGCAUUUUUGAUCUGCCCCAUGUUAUGACAAUAGCUGUGUGAUUGUUUGUAUCGUGCACAGUUUGUUCAUUCAGUCUGCUUUUUCUUUUCUUUAUAAUGUAUGCAUCUUGUAGGAUACACAUGGAAUUCUAUCAAAUUUGCCUGCUACUGACCUUCGUUCUGGGUUGCUUAAAUGACUUUCGUUUUAAUUGCUGCUUCUUUACUAAAAAAUGUGGAGGUACUUUUCCGGUACAGAUUCCUUUGCUUAAAAAUCUCGUCCAUUUCAGUAGAACGUUUUUACAGGGCACUGCUAGAAAUGAAAGAUGAAACCUUGAUUGAAUUUUGAAAUGAUGAAAAUAAUUGUUUAUUACCCAGCUUUUGACUGAAGUUUGUCCACGAAUUGUAAAAUAAUUGUUCAAGGUAACAUGGAAUGCAUGUCCAUUUGGAUUUAUUUGAAGUAGAAAUGUUCUUGUUGAUCAUAAAAUGAGUUGCUCAAAUGGGAUGCAUGUUGUAUUUGCCGAAUGGCUGUGGUAUUUCAAUUGUUAAGAUGACAUCUGUGCUUUGCUGUAAAUUCUGAAGCUGUAUAGGCUAUUAUAAAUUCACUCUACUAUAUACAGGACACCAAAAAUACUAUGUGGUAGAAAGCAUUUUAAAAACAUGCCAGAUCCUGCUGGCUUCCACUCCUUCAAUGGCAAUUUUUUUCAGCUUAAAAUGCUGUUAAAAACCAAUUUGUAAGCUGUCUCUCUAUAUUCAAUCGGUCACUUAUUGUCAUAUAAUGUUAAUGGAUUAUAACCACACAUUGUUUUGUCUGGUAAUUCCUUUUUUUGUAGCAUUUUCAGCUGUACUACAGAGCUUAAACUUUAAAUUGAACUGUUUAUGGCUAGCUUUACCAAUAGUCCAUUCCAGAACUAUAGACCAUCUCGCGUGAAAAAAGUAAGAAGCUCACGUUCUGUAUCUUGGUUACUUUCUGUUAAACAUUUCAUCUGAGACAGAGAAUUCAUACACUUUAAAAGUGAAUUAUGCUUUUGAGUUUUGACUUAGCUGAACCAUCCUUCAGUUGAUUACAACUGGUUAAGCAGCUUCAUGAAUAAAUGUGGAGAACUUUGUAGCGUGUUUGAAGAUAGUGUUGAUAUCCAUUGUACACUUUGAUCCAAUACAGCUGUCAUUGUUUCAGCAUG